AUGAGCCAUCUUUCACAAAUCAAAGAGAACAAGAGUGUAUCUGAAAAAGAUUUUCGCAGUCCUAUUAAAAAUGAAGAAGAAAUAAACAAUACGAGACUUUAUGCUCGUGCUUUCUACGAAUAUAUAUUUAAUGGCAAAGUAGGUGCCCCAGUUCGUGAAAAGUUACGAAAUGGUGCUAAAGUACUAGAAUUUCGUUCUGAUGGUGGAAUUUGGGCUAUAGAAGUUUCUGCUGACUAUCCAAAUUCAGAAUUCUACGCAGUUGAUUCUAUUAUACCAAAAUUUGACAAUAAAAUCGAUAAUGUUAAAUUUAUUGAAUGCAAUAUAUUUGAAAAGCUACCAUUCCCCGCUAAUGAAUUUGAUUACAUUUUUUCUGAAUCAAAAUUUUUAUAUAUGGAAAAAAAUACAUUUCGAAAAGUUUUAUUAGAAAUCUUUAGAGUUUUAAAGCCUGAAGGGAUAUCAUGGAUAAAAAAACAAAAUAUUGAUUAUGAUAUAUCGACAAGCUUUGAAAAUUACGUUAAGGAAACUGAGAAAGCCGAAUCUAUAGUGUAUCGAAUAGUGGAAACACAGAUUGGAAGUGGCGACACUGAAGGAGAAUUUCUUCUUGAAGUUAUUAUAUUGUUUUAUAAAAAUGUAAAAGACUGUUUGGCACCUUUAAUGAAUAUUUCGUUUGAAGAAUUUGAUGACUUGAUAAAUAAUUUUCAAAGUGAAUCAAAUGCUGAAGGUAGCAAAGUAAUAUUAAAACACAAACAAGUGCUUGCAAGAAAGAAGAGAAUGUAUUGCUGA